AUGGCGGCGACCGCGGCGGCGUUGAUGAGGAUGGUGCUGCUGGUGGUGCUCUUGGUGCAGAUGCUCAGCGUCAUGGCCGUCUCGGCGAGGACGUUGAAGGGGGACGCCUGGCUCACGGACGGCAUCGGGAUGGUGAUGGAGAUGUUCGGCGACCUGAAAUCAGGGUCCAGCCCUCCCACGCACUGCUGCUAA